AUGCGAUCUCUAUCAUCACAGAAUCUCCACUUAAAAAUCGCGGAUCUUGUGACACAGAUUGAAAAGCUUGGGUUUGCAUUCAGCACACAUAACUGGUCUCUAUAUGUUAAUAUUCUCUGUCUUUCCCGUGACCCUGCUUCCCAAAUGCGGGCAUUCACUAUUUUCGAGGAGAAGUUCAUGCCCAACUACCCAGGUUGGAGGUAUAUAAAACGUGGAUAUACCCUUAGGCCGGAGGGUGCACAUAUGGAAAUGGAUCUCAUGGAAGGGCCUUUCCGCCGAGGAAAGCCUGGUCGUAUGAUUGGGCGUAAGGUCCGUGCUCUGUGGGCAAAGGUUCAGCCAGAUUACAUGCAGCCUACUCAUCUCAAUAUCCUUCACCUUGCUUCCGCCCUUAUUGAUUUCCGAUCCCGAUCAAUCGUUGACGGAGGAAAAGAGAUGAAUGAGUUGUUUUCUAAGGCACCUAAAACAUACACUGCCGUUGCCACGAUCCCAUACUUGGAGGAAAAGUUCCAAAAUAUCCUUCGCCGCUACAAGGCCGAUCAGGCGGAUAUAGAGCGACUUCCAAGAGUUGAAAUUUCCAACGACGAUGUGUGGACCGGCGGUGUUUUGGGAGAGGGAAGUGAACGAAUCAAUACUGGCGAGGUAGAAUCUUCUUUUGAAGAGGAUAAUGAUGUUCGAGAGGAUGAAGACAACGCCGACUCCGAAUGGACACCUGAGAUUCAUGAGCAGCCCAAUAUUUUUGAAUCUACUGAGCCAGCGCCCCCGUUGUUGGACUCUUUGUUGGCCGAAGACAUGUCCCGCCGGCAGAGGAUGGGCGUAUCAGAGCAAUCAAACGCUGUUCCUUUUGCCGAGCGAGUAUUAAGCCCUGAGGAUCAGUGGGAUUUGGAUAACUACAUACGCCACUCUGCGUUUGAAGAAACUGAAAAGUAG